GGUAGCCACUUCCGCACCAAAUGAGCUCAAGCUCACCAUCAUCUACAGCAGAGCGCAUCUCUGAUCACACACACACGCGCGCACAGGGUAGCCUGCUGCAGCCGUAAGAAAACAGAUCCAGAGGAGCACGCGAGAAGACACAUCAAGAGAGAGAGGCGGAGAGACCGAGACUGAGUAGAGAGGCAGAUAUCUGCAGAUAGAUAUGUCAGGCAUUGUGGUGUCUCUGUGUCUGCUAGCGGUCUUUGUGCUGCUGUGUGAGCUGAGCAGGAGAAUCUUAACCAAGCUACUAGCUCCCAGAGGGCUGUGUCUGUCUGCUGUUUACGCAGUGGAGCUGGUCUCUACGCUGCAGCUGUGUAUCUGCAACCUAGAGCUGCGUCUAUUGGGGGAGGUGGGCCGGCUGCAGCCUCAGUUCUGUCUCAGCCUCACAUAUCUGGCAUCUGUGGUCCAUGGCCUCACCUUCCACGGAGCCCUGGGGAACCCCUGUAGCACGCUGGAAUACACCUACCGGGGACGCCUCACUGCCAGGAGCGGCGUGCUGAGGAUGGUGUGCCAGUUCAUGGCAGCAAGCGUGGCUCGUACCAUGCUACAGGGGCUGUGGGCCCUCGGUCUCUCUGACCUGCACCUGAGACACACACUCCAGGGUUUCCAAUGCAUUAGCCCCAUCCACACAGACACACACACCAGCCUGGUGCUCCCCGGCCCUCUGGUCACCGCUGCAGCUGUGGAGCUGGCAGGGGCCUUUGCCAUGCAAACCGCCUUCACACACACACACACUAUGGACCAGAGGUACCGGGUACAUGCCAUAGCAGCACUCACCGCUACCUUGACCUAUGCAGGUGGCAAGAUGACGGGGGCUGUGUUUAACCCUGCGUUGGCCCUCUCCACCCAGUUCUCCUGCAGUGGGCACUCCUUUCUGGAUUACUGCCUGGUCUACUGGCUGGCUCCUCUAUUAGGUAUGAUGUGUUCGGUCCUGUUGUUUGAUCAGAUGUUGUCUGGUAGAGCUGCUCCCUACCGCCCCCUUCUGGCUAACAAGAGGAAAUGACCCUGGGUCAUUUUCAUUAGUGCACAUGUAGCAAAACCGUUUUGUAACAGAAUACAUUUAACUACAAAAACAAGUUUUUUAUUAGUCAAGUUCAGGUAGUUCCUCCCCUUUUCGGUUAGUUUUCUUCUGUUUGGUGUCUACGGCCCUGGACCCACCAUCAAUCCCUACGAACCGAAGAACCCUGAUGCAUAGUGACCUCUUUAAAACUAAGCACAUUCAAACAAAAAAAAGACUAUAUAUUGAGAUGUUUUUUAAUCUAGUAUGAUUUGUGCAGUGGUGGCUGGUGGCACUUGGUCAAAUAAACUUAGUUUUAAUUGGC